AUGAGAUUGAGUACGUUGCUGUGCGCAGCCGCUCUGGGGGCUUACGGCUUGGCCGAAGAAAUAUUCUACGACACAACCUGGGCUGGACCGAUACGAAUAGCGGAACGGUUCAAUGGAACAGCGGGAGGCUUUGACCGCGUGGAGGCAACCCUCGUAAUGCCGCAACUCAGCAUUCCAGAAAAGCCAAAUAAGCAGUCUGACGAAUACACAGCCGCCUUUUGGAUUGGUUUCGGCGGGUUUUUAUCGUCGUCAACAGUCUCGGGAUUAUGGCAGGCUGGGAUAAUAAUGAGUAUCUGGAAUAAUGGCUCUACAGAAUAUAAAGGGUUCUACGAAUGGGUUCCGAACGAUCCUAUUCUGCUGAACUCGACUGAACUCGAUAUAUCGGUCGGUGAUCAUCUUCAAGUAAUCCUCACAACUGCAGACAAUGGAAUGUAUGGGUCCGUGUUUAUGACCAAUGUCAACACAAGUCAGACAUUCUCGUAUAGCCAGGCAGCACCGACAGCUUGGCGUGGCCCAACAUUUCCCGCACUAGGCAACACGGCCGAGUGGAUCAUGGAAGCCGGCACUUAUAUUAAUGGCCCGCAGUAUGUCUUCCCCGACUGGCAUAAUGCGACUUUCCUCGCUGCAAAGGCGUGCUAUAGUGCCGAUGAUGCCUGCUUCUCUCCUGUGUCAGGAGAGAACAUCACCCUCAAUGCAAUGACAGCUGUUUACCGCAAUGAUACCGAGACACUAUACACCAAGUCAUUGGUCCAGGAUGAGAUCGUUACGAUUGAAUAUAUAGAACACCCUGGCAUCAUGAGUUGA